AUGACGAAUGACCACUUUCCAAGAUCUCCUCAUUCGGAUGCACCACCAAUCUCGCAGAAUCGAAAUAGGGAUGCAAAUCUAUUACCAUACACGGAUGUCUCACAACCCCUUCGAGAUUUGGUACAUCACAUACCAGGUGCAACAACGCUCCUCUCGUCCACUAUCAAAGAUGAAGAUGGUCUUAUAUACUGGGUGAUCAAAUGUUGGUCGAUAGUCAAAGUAAUAGAAACUGCAGAAAAACCUCAAGAAAAAGUAGAUGAAGAUGAAAAUCUUAUGCAUGCAGAGGUAGAUGAAGAGUUGUAUGAUACUUUGUUGGAAGCUAUCGAAGAAGCUCACAAAAUGGUCUUAGCUCAACAACAGAAUGAAAAUGACAAGAGGGAGAAGAAAGGAAUCGAAUUGAUGGCAUUUCAAAUGGUCUUAUACGAUCCAGCUAAAGACGAUCUUGAUGAGUUGGGAGGGUUGGUGGACACUUUAGUUGAUGCGUGGAGAAAUGGAAAUAUAUGUUUAGAUUUUGAUGUUGAGUUUAAGGUGAUAAUUGAUACUUUCCAUCGACAGUUCAUACUUCUUCAGAGUUCCCACCAACUUAAAGCUCAAAAAACAGACGAUCAAGCCAAAUCUCAAGAAAGAGAAGAAGAAGUCCAAGCCGAAAAGAUAGAUAACCUCGGUACAAAUCAAAGAUAUCCUCAACUUGAUGAAAGGAAUCGUCACCUUGAGAUCGAAGAGAGAUAUAGCGAGUUCCAUUACUACCUUGAUAUAUUCUUGAAGACGUAUACUUCACCUAAAAUAAACUAUACUCGAACACCGUUGAGUCGGCCUAAAUUUGACAUCAACCCAUUUAAUGUCAAUCUGAAGAAGGAGAUUGAUUCUUCAAAAGUGGGUAUACAUAAUCUAGCCAUCGUUUUCUGUACUGAUGAUUCGCAAAUGCAGCGAGCCAUCGACAGAUGCAAGAGGAAAUUCGAAAACAUCAUCAAUCGACCAUGGCCCAUCAAUGAGGAGACGGAAGAAGAAGUAAGAAUUAGGCAGGAGGAAAAUGAACGAUGGCAAAGAAGAUUCGAAUGGAUGAGGAACUAUCCGAAAGGUCAGAAUGAUCAGUGGAAGAAAAGCGCUGAACGAGCAAAUGCUUUUCUACCCAACGGAGACAAAUCUGUAAACUUCAAUCGACCUAUCAAGUUAUCCUUGUACGUCAACUCCAGCAAAAAAACCCAUGAAGCUGAGUCGGGAGGAUCUACCUGUUGUGAGUGA